AUGCCUUUUCCGCUUCUCCCACACCUAGCCGAAUGGGCGCCUGUUGAACUCAACGGGCUAGGCAUCUUGACUAUCUUCGGUGAUAAGUCUAUUGGAAACUCCAUUGGCAACCUUGUCCAUUCCUGGGCAGAUUGGAUGCGCACCUUCGGAUCAUUCGUGGUUGCGGACAACCAGAUCACGCAGUCGGAGCUUGGAUUCGCUGCGCACAAUAUUACCGAAGUAUCGACUACCCCGAACAUUUCCUCUUGGCUCACUCGCUGGCUCAAUUCGUUUCUCUUGACGCACAGUGCCACCUCUAUUCAAGUUAGACUUGAGGACAACCCGACUACAUGGUGCAGCACUGCCCCGGCCAUGGCUCUUGGUUUCAUGACAAUGGCACCGCUCCUAGCUUUUGCAACCAUCAUCGGUGAUGCAUGGGGCACCAUCAAUGUUCUCGCCAUGAUAAGCUCUGUGCUCGUGCGGCAGCUGCUGGUCCAUAAAAUGCGUUGUUUAUUGAAUGACGCAGCGUCCAGCAUCAUCCAGGAGGGGUUUGGUAGCGAAGUCGUCAAGGUGCUCCUGGUCCUACCAAAUUCCAAGAUUGUUACAAUCGUCGGUCCUCGUAUACUCAUCAUCAAGUGUAUGCUUCUCGACACUCGCAAGGAAUGCUCCUACCGUCUGAAGGCUGCUUCCUGGGCUGCCUUUGGUGUGCACGCAAUUGCACUCGGAAUGAGCAGUUUCCUGAUCCAGAUGCUUUCCCUUCUAGUUCUUGGUUUGGGCACAUUUCUUACCACAACCAAUGCUGGGGCCAACCGCGAAGUCAUUGGAUCUAAGUUGCGGCUUAAGGUCGACGACGGCGUGCCCACCUUGACCCGGAUUCAGGCUUACGCAAGGCUUGGUAUGGGCACAGCCGAGGAGAAUGCCAUGAUGCAUUGGGGCGUGAUUCCACACGACACCAACCGAGGGUGGUGGGAUAAGUACCAGAAAACGCAGCAGACGGUGGACCCGUUGCAUUAA